GAGGAGAUGACCGCCGAGUUCUGCUAUGGCAUAUGGAACAAGCUAUCCAUUCCAGGGUCAAGCCCAUACAGCUGAAGGGAGAGCACCAUUCCAACAUUUUCUGCCUGGCUUUCAAUAGUGGGAACACCAGAGUCUUCUCUGGAGGAAAUGAUGAGCAAGUUAUCCUCCAUGAUGUUGAAAGCAGUGAGACCCUGGAUGUGUUUGCUCAUGAAGAUGCAGUAUAUGGUUUGUCGGUGAGCCCGGUGAAUGACAACAUUUUUGCCAGCUCUUCAGAUGAUGGCCGGGUUCUCAUUUGGGACAUCCGGGAGUCUCCCCAUGGAGAGCCCUUCUGCCUGGCAAAUUAUCCAUCAGCCUUCCACAGUGUCAUGUUUAACCCCGUGGAGCCCAGGUUAUUGGCCACAGCCAAUUCAAAGGAAGGAGUGGGACUAUGGGACAUUAGAAAACCUCAGAGUUCUCUCUUGCGCUAUGGUGGCAACUUAUCUCUCCAAAGUGCCAUGAGUGUGCGAUUCAACAGCAAUGGGACCCAACUCCUGGCCCUGCGGCGGCGCCUGCCUCCUGUCCUCUAUGACAUCCACUCCCGCCUACCAGUGUUCCAGUUUGACAAUCAGGGUUACUUCAACUCGUGCACUAUGAAGAGCUGCUGCUUUGCAGGGGAUCGUGACCAGUAUAUCCUUUCAGGCUCUGAUGACUUCAACCUGUAUAUGUGGAAGAUUCCUGCAGAUCCAGAAGCAGGUGGCAUUGGCAGGGUGGUCAAUGGAGCCUUCAUGGUGCUGAAAGGGCAUCGGUCCAUUGUUAACCAGGUCCGGUUUAACCCUCACACGUACAUGAUCUGCUCUUCUGGUGUAGAAAAGAUUAUCAAGAUCUGGAGCCCAUACAAGCAGCCAGGAUGUACAGGAGACCUCGACGGUCGGAUUGAAGAUGAUUCCCGCUGCCUCUACACCCAUGAAGAGUAUAUCAGCCUUGUAUUGAACAGUGGGAGUGGCCUGUCCCACGACUACGCUAACCAGUCUGUCCAGGAAGACCCCCGGAUGAUGGCUUUCUUUGACUCUUUGGUGCGCCGUGAGAUCGAGGGCUGGAGCUCUGACUCAGACAGUGACCUCAGCGAGAGUACCAUCCUUCAGCUGCAUGCGGGGGUCAGUGAGCGCUCUGGCUACACCGACUCAGAAUCCUCAGCCUCACUGCCCCGCUCCCCACCUCCCACAGUGGACGAGUCUGCUGACAACGCCUUCCAUCUGGGGCCAUUACGUGUCACCACCACAAAUGCAGUGGUGUCAACCCCAGCAACGCCGACCUGUGAGGAUGCAGCCUCUCGCCAGCAGCGCCUGUCUGCUCUGCGGCGCUACCAGGACAAGCGCCUCCUGGCCCUGUCCAAUGAGUCCGAUUCUGAAGAGAACGCCUGUGAGGCUGAACUGGACACAGAUCUCUUCCCUCGGCCAAGGUCGCCCAGCCCCGAGGAUGGAUCCAGCAGUUCCAGCAGCUCUAGUAGCUCGGAGGAAGAAGAGGAACUGAACCAACGCCGAGCCAACACCCGGCAGCGAAAUGCCAUGCGGAGGCGACAGAAGACCCCCCGGGAAGAGCGGCCCAACGCUCCAGUCAAGCCCACCAACACCUACAUUGGGGAGGACAAUUACGACUACCCCCAGAUCAAGGUGGAUGACCUCUCCUCCUCCCCUAACUCCUCCCCUGAGCGGAGUGCUUCCAAUCUGGAUAUCCAACCAAGCCGGGCACCACCAACUGCCAACAUGGAAUCAGUAGAGCGAAAGAUUUAUAAAGCUUACAAAUGGCUCCGCUACUCCUAUAUCUCUUACUCGAAUAACAAAGAUGGAGAGACCUCUUUAGUGUCAGAGGAGACAGAUGAAGGGAGAGCAGGAACCAGCUCCAAAGACAACCCAAUCCCUUCUUCCAGUAAAGAAGCCUGCUGCCCAACCCAGAGAGAUCAGGAGCUGCCCCCUGAAGGCUGCAGCAAAGACGCUUGCAAAGAAGGGACUUCCACCAGAAAUCCCAGCAGUGGCGCAUGCCAUGAGCACAGUAGCCAUCCCUGGGCAGAGGUGCCAGAGGGCACCUCUCAGGACACUAACAAUAGCGGCCCUCUAGAACACCCUUUUGAAACCAAGAAGCUCAAUGGAAAGGCCCUGAGCAAGGCCCUGAGCAGCCGGGCUGAGGAGCCACCCUCUCCUGUCCCCAAGGCAUCUGGUUCCACUCUCAACAGUGCGUCUGGCAACUGUCCCAGGACCCAGUCUGAUGACAGUGAGGAGAGGAGCCUUGAAACCCUCUGUACCAACCACAACAAUGGACACUUGCACCCCCGACCCCCUCACCCCCACAAUAACGGGCAGAACUCUGGGGAGCUGGAGACAGUGGUCUACUCGUCCCCAGGACACCCAAACACUGACCAUGAUAACUCAUCCCUGACAGGGACAUUUCUACACAAAGAUUGUUGUGGGUCUGAAAUGGCCUGUGAGACCCCCAAUGCUGGAAUGAGAGAAGACCCCACUGACCCCUCAGCCAUGGACAGCAGCAAGGUUGUUCAUGGCCACAGUGGCCUCAAAAGGCACCGAAUUGAAUUGGAAGACACAGAUUCAGAGAAUUCCUCCUCAGAGAAGAAAUUAAAAACAUGAUAAAUACAAAGGGAAAACAAAAAGCUACAAAAAGUAGCCUUACAAAAUAAUUUUUUCUUGUUUAGUGAACACAGAGGAAAGGAAAAAGUAUUAAAGGCACAUAAAACCAGAGCCUGAACCGUGUCUGCUGCUGCUCCCUUCUGUUCACCACUCUGCAGUGGGUCGGAAUGUCCAGCUGGCACUGCCUCGUGCUCCGCUGAGAAGGGGGGAGACUCCCAAUGGCUGUUUGCUAGUGAGAUGCAAGCAUAGCAUUCCUGUGCAGGCUCUGUGACAAUGACCCUGUCUUGGGACAUUUGGCUUGUUCUUGUGUGUACGUACCCGCUGGCACAUGUGGGCUUGUUGUUUUAUGAGGCCUUUCUUUUAACUGUCCAUCGGCGAAGCCAUCUCACCUGUUCAUUGUUCACGCGACAUAGGUGUUCUGGUCUUAACGAAGAUUGUCCCCUAGAUGAGAUUGUGCUGCAGUGAAUUGUAGAUUUACGCUAGCCAAACGGAGAGGCCUGCCUUCAGCUCAUUGGCUGUGCUGAAGAGGAAAAUAUGGCUCCUUUUUCAGUGCUCUGUGUUUUCUCCAGCUAACACAUCGUCAAGCACUUACUGUGACUCUGUGAAACAUCGUUCCUGCUAAGAAGAGGUUGACACUUAGCUCAGAUCCUGAUAGUGUCACUGUUCGCAGAAGGGGCAGAGCCACCCUCUGAGCUGUGAGGUCCAUACAGUAACUAGUGAACAACACACUUUAACCACUUACAUGCUGGCUCCUAAGAGGCACUCAAGGCCAGCAGGUGCUUCCUUGGCUCCAAGUAACGGAGUCCAGGCAUACUGAAAGAAGAAAGGACCCCUCGGGAGAGCUUUUUACCCAAACUAAUAAAAUGGCUGGUAGAAGGAUGCUAAUGAGUUUUAGUAAAGAGCAGAAUGCGGUACUGUAUCCGGUGCCAGUCCCAUCAGGCAGAAUGUGGUACUGUAUCCGGUGCCAGUCCAUCAGGCAGAAUGUGGUACUGUAUCCGGUGCCAGUUCCAUCAGGCAGAAUGCGGUACUGUAUCCGAUGCCAGUCCCAUCAGGCAGAAUGUGGUACUGUAUCCGGUGUCAAUCCAUCAGGCAGAACUGGCAGGCCUGGCACCUUCCCUCAGGCUUGGAGUUGUCAGAAGCUGUGGGGUCCAUGUCAACUUUGCAGAUUAGUGGGCAUCUGUUAGGAGGCAGGGAGUGACGAGAGACAAUUCUCUGGUUUGUCUCCUGGCUCCGAGAAGACAUUCUGUUCUGUUGAAGUAGGUAACAAUGGAGAGAAGAAAAUAUCAAAUUUCCAGUGUAUAGUGGUGAUGGUAGUUCCUGAGUUGUCAUUGAAGGGUUGUGCAAGACAGGAAGACUUGAGGAUACCCAGAUGUCCUGUUGGUGUAGAUGUUAAAGCAGGAGGAACAGUGGAACGUUGGAUGCAGAGGUGCUAGACAGCUGAAGCCUGGCUGGAACUGGCCUAGGGAGGACUUAGCUGAAGGCAACUGUGGCCUCACUGAUGAAGCGUUCCUUUCAGAGGAGGACCUGUCCUGCUGGGAUGGAGCCAAGAGAAGACCACCUGUGGAAGCUGAAGAAUGGAUGAUGUUCAGUGCUGGGAGCCAGGGUUCUUAUAAAAGGAAGGUGGUUGAUAAGAGCCAGGAGGAUAUCUCAUCUUGCUGAGCUUUUUGGAAGGGAGAUGAGCUUAGUAUCUGAUGUGGCUGAGGUAUGAAAGCACAGUUUGGGAAGGAGAGGAAGGCGCCUAAGUAGAGUGGGGAUGCAUACAGUCAGCGGCUGGACUCUUCCUGGGGAGUGGGACAGCAGUUCUGUAACCACCUUAGAAUUACUUUAGAUUUGUAAUUAAAAUGGUUCUAUGAUUUAUCUUUUGACUAUUCACAGAUAAUUGUAAAUUCUGGUUUUAUAAGCCCAAGUCAUUUUACAUUUGCUUUUCCAAAAUGAUUAAAUUGGAAUUUUUAAUCCUUUAUAUACAAAAAAGUUAUAACCACUCAGUGUGUGUGUCUCUUCCCCUUAGUCAGCAUGGUUCUUCUAUUCCAUUUUAUCUUAAUCUAAUCAGAUAGAUUCACACUCCGCAUAUCUUCCUUGAGGCAAAAGAAAGCAAAAUUAGCUAAUGAUAAUUAGUUUCCAACUGCCAAGUGUCAGUCUCAUUUGGGUACUCAAAAACAUUCAAAAGUCAAAGUACACUUAGUCCAUAACCAUAGACGCCGAGAGAGGUCAUCCUUUGAGGGAUGUGUUCCAUCCUGGGGAGAGACUUCCAAGAGAUGGUCCCUGAAAUAACCACCAGAGCAAGAGGAAGAGGGAUGCUGCUUUUAGCCACUCUGCACUCCUUUCCAGAGGUCUUGUUUUGUGUAGUCCUGGUACUGGAAGCCUGAUGUGAACCACUUCAAAGUUCCCUUUGCCUGGACCAUUGUAGAAUCCAGGCCUCCCAUGUUGAGGACAUAUUUAAUCCCCAAAUCCUUCCAUGAUGGUUGUUUUUCCUAGCAGGAGAGGGCACUGAUCAGGCUAAGAACUCCUGGAAGUGCCUCUUAAGGAUUUUUUCUGCAUCCUGUACAUAAUGUUUUAAGCAGCAGGUUCAGGUACGUGAAUGUUUCUCUUCCCUUUCUUUACCACCUGGUUUUGUAAAUGAUUCUCAACCGAUAAAUGAAUUCAUUGAGUUGUUGGUUUGAGGCAAAAGAAGUUUGCAACUGUGCUGAUUUAAUAGGAGUCUCGUGUUGUCUGUCAAGGUGCCUUCCUCUGCUGAAGCCUUACCUCCUCACAGCCCUGCCUCUUCUCACCCAGCAACGCUGACUCUUCUCUGUGUAUAUGCAAAUAAACCUAUUAAUCACUUC